CCGGUGCGCCGAACGCCGGAAGUGUGGUUCGGGAUCAGAGAGAUGUCGCUGCUUCGGUCGUUGCGUCUCUGCCUGGUCGCGCGGGCCGGGACCUGCUCGGUGGGGCCUCUUCAGCUUCAGUCGUCUCAGCCCAGGCACACGUUUCACGCCGGGCCCGGGUUGUCUUCCUCGGCCUCCAGCAAGGAGCUUCUCCUGAAGCUGCGGCGAAAAACAGGCUACUCCUUUGUGAACUGCAAGAAAGCUCUGGAGGCUUGUAGCGGGGAUCUCAAGCAGGCAGAGAGCUGGCUCCACAAGCGGGCCCAGAAGGAAGGCUGGAGCAGAGCCGCCAAACUCCAUGGCAGGAAAACUAAAGAAGGUCUCAUUGGGCUGCUACAAGAGGGAAACACAACUGUGUUAGUAGAGGUAAACUGUGAGACAGAUUUUGUUUCCAAAAAUGUAAAAUUUCAACAGCUGGUCCAGCAAGUAGCCCUGGGCACCCUGCUGCAUUGUCAGAACCUGAAGGAUCAGCUCUCUACAUACAGUAAAGGUUUCCUGAAUUCCUCUGAGCUCUCUGAACUUCCUGCUGGGCCUGAGACGGAAGGCUCUCUCAAGGAUCAGCUAGCCUUAGCAAUUGGUAAGCUGGGAGAAAACAUGACCCUUAAACGAGCUGCAUGGGUGAAGGUGCCGGCCGGGUUCUAUGUUGGCUCUUACGUCCAUGGAGCAAUGCACAGCCCCUCGCCCCACAACCUGGUGCUGGGGAAGUACGGGGCCCUCGUUGUCUGUGAGACGUCUGAGCGGAGAGCAAACCUCGAAGACCUUGGCCGCCGCCUUGGGCAGCACGUGGUAGGCAUGGCCCCUCUCUCGGUAGGCUCUUUGGAUGAUGAGCCUGGGGGAGAGGCGGAAACCAAGAUGCUGUCUCAGCCAUACUUGCUGGAUCCCUCCAUCACGUUGGGGCAGUACGUGCAGCCUCAAGGGGUGUCUGUAGUAGACUUUGUGCGAUUUGAAUGUGGAGAAGGAGAGGAGGCGGCAGAAGCUGAAUAGGUUCCAGAGACUUGGCCCCAGAGGAAAUGCUUAUUCUUAGCUCUAGACAUCGUUAGGAAGAGAAGUUAUUUCCUGAGCAUCUUCAGACCCACAAUUUGCGUUUAUAAUGGAAUGAUGUUCUCAAUGGGUAAAAUUCUUAAAUAAAACCAUUAUAUAGUAAAGAGAGUAAAA